UGCGGGAGUGAGCCUCCGCGUGCGCAAGCGCACUUCCGUCUCUGCCCCGCCGCUGCGGCCAUUGUCCGACCCCAGUGCGGCUGAGGCCGCUUUGGGCCGUCCCUCCGCACAUCAGCAUUGGAGAGGACGGACCCUGCAGCAGGUGUAGGAGGAGCUGGCCCGAGCCCUGCGUGGCCCCGAGGUCGUGAAAUCCGGAGUCCCCAGGAAGCGCCCCAGUCUGGAAGCCGACCCCGGCGUGGCAGGCAUGGCUCCGAGGCCUCCGAUGGCCGCGCCCCAGGAAUCCGUGACAUUCAAAGAUGUGGCUGUGGACUUCACCCAGGAAGAAUGGCACCACGUGGACCCUGCUCAGAGGCGCUUGUACAGGGAUGUGAUGCUGGAGAACUAUAGCCACCUGGUUUCUCUGGGAUAUCAAGUUUCCAAGCCAGAGGUGAUCUUCAAAUUGGAACAAGGAGAAGAGCCAUGGAUAUCAGAGGGAGAAAUCCAAAGACCUUUCUGUCCAGACUGGAAGACCAGGCCUGAAGGCAAAUCAUCACAUCUACAGCAGAGUGUAUCUGAAGGAUCCCGUAGUGCAGAUGGCCUUUCACGUGCCACAUUCGAAAACACUUGGGAUGUUAGUAGCCAGUUAGAAAGACACCAGGAAAACUGGAAAAGAUAUCUGGGGCCAGAUGCAUCCACCCAGAAGAAAACAAUCACACCAGAGGAAAAUUUUCAGCAAAAUAAAUUUGGUGAAAACCCCAGACUGAACACAGUUCUGGUUACACAACUGAAUGUUCCUUCACGGCCUAGUGAAUGUGAUACACUUGGAAGCAAUUUGGGACAGAAUUCAGAUAUAAUUAAUCAGGGUAAUAGCCUUGCAAAAAAGAAACCUUAUAAAUGUGAUAAAUGUAGAAAAGCCUUUAUUCAUAGAUCAUCACUUACUAAACACGAGAAAACUCAUAAAGGAGAGGGAGCUUGCCCCAAUGGUACAGAUCAGGGAAUUUAUCCUGGAAAGAAACACCAUGAAUGUACUGACUGUGGAAAAACCUUCCUCUGGAAGACACAACUUACUGAGCAUCAGAGAAUUCACACUGGGGAGAAACCCUUUGAAUGUAAUGUGUGUGGGAAGGCCUUCAGGCAUAGCUCAUCGCUUGGCCAGCAUGAGAACGCUCAUACCGGAGAGAAACCUUAUCAGUGUAGUCUCUGUGGGAAAGCCUUCCAGCGCAGCUCCUCCCUUGUUCAACACCAGAGAAUUCACACUGGCGAGAAACCCUAUCGAUGCAAUUUAUGUGGGAGAUCUUUUAGGCAUGGCACAUCCCUCACUCAACAUGAGGUGACACAUAGUGGAGAGAAACCCUUCCAAUGUAAGGAGUGUGGGAAAGCCUUUAGUAGAUGUUCUUCUCUUGUCCAGCAUGAAAGGACUCAUACGGGAGAGAAACCUUUUGAAUGUAGCAUAUGUGGGAGGGCUUUUGGUCAGAGCCCGUCCCUUUAUAAGCAUAUGAGGAUUCAUAAGAGAGGCAAACCUUACCAAAGCAAUAACUACAGUGUAGAUUUCAAGCACAGCUCAUCUCUUACUCAAGAUGAAAGCACUGUCAAUGAAGUGAAAUCCUAUCAUUGUAAUGAUUGUGGGGAAGACUUCAGUCACAUCACUGACUUUACUGAUCAUCAGAGGAUCCAUACCGGACAGAACCCCUAUGAAUGUGAGCAGAACUUUAAUCAACAACCUGUUUCUCAUCCUGGAGAGAAACCCUAUCAGUGUAAUGUAUGUGGAAAAGCUUUCAAAAGGAGUACAAGCUUCAUAGAACAUCACAGAAUUCAUACUGGAGAAAAACCCUAUGAAUGUAAUGAAUGUGGAGAAGCCUUUAGUCGACGUUCAUCACUUACUCAACAUGAGAGGACCCACACUGGAGAGAAACCCUAUGAAUGUAUUGACUGUGGGAAAGCCUUCAGUCAAAGUUCAUCCCUAAUUCAGCAUGAGAGAACUCAUACUGGAGAAAAACCCUAUGAAUGUAAUGAAUGUGGGCGAGCCUUUCGAAAGAAAACCAAUCUGCAUGAUCAUCAGAGAAUUCAUACUGGAGAAAAACCCUAUGCUUGUAAGGAAUGCGGGAAAAACUUCAGUAGAAGCUCAGCGCUAACUAAACAUCAGAGAAUUCAUACACGAAAUAAACUGUAGAAACCCUGAAAUUAAGGAAUGUGCAGAAAAUUUUAGCUAAAAUAUUGUUCAUAUUCAGUAUCAGAAGAUUCUUAAUGGAGAGGAAGCUUGAGAAUGUAAUGAAUUUGUGUGUGUGUGUGUGUGUGUGUGUGUGUGUGUGUGUGCGCACGCACGCGUGUGCAUGUGUGUGGUGUGAGAAGAAAGCUCUAUGCUAGUAGACCAUGUUUUUUAAUAAAUAGAAGCUACAUUCUCAAAUCUGAUUACAGACUUUUGUAAAAACAACUACAAACAUCAUAUAUAACCAGUUGGAAAUGAUAUGCCUAUGUAUUGGACCUUAUAAAGCUUUUAAAUACAGUUAUGCAGGAGAUCAUCAACUUUGAACAGUUUGACUUGUCACUCUGUUUACAGCCUUUUUUAAUAAAUAAAACUCCUGCAGUAAUGACCAAAACUUACUUUUAAAAUUGCUUGACAACUGCAUUCAUCUGCAGCUUUUAACUUAAAUUCACCAUGGAAACCAAUUCCACCCCCAGGAAUUCAUCAUUCAAAGGAUGAGAUCAACUGGUUCAACCACUUCGUUGUACAGAUGAAGAAACCAAAAGCCAAAGAUGUGAAGUGGUUUGCACCGUGUGAUAGAGCUUAUGAUGGCAAAGCUGGGUGGAGAAUGCAGAUCUCC